GAUGGCGGAUCAGGGUUCCAGAAUGGAAAAUCUGGAAAUCCAGGAUUUAUCUGAAAGUAAAACAUUUCUACAGCUUUUGGCAAAAGAAAUCAACCGAGGAGUGAAUAAAUACAAUUACUACGAUCUCGAGACGUAUAUCUUUGAAUCACUGGAACUAUUGCCAAGUGGCAAAUUGAAAGAUGCUCUUCAAAAUCCAAGUCAAAAUUAUGUUGAAUAUCUUUGGAGUCUAGUGAACUGUGAAAAAAAGGUUUCUGCUGAGGUUAAUUUCAAUCUUUUCAACAAAAAUGGUAUUGAUGAAACAUUGAGGAGUAUUUUUGAGCUGAAGUCAUAUAAAGAGCAAAUUAAGUACUUAACAGAAAUGGCUUUGUGUUUACCUCAUAACCAAGUCUUUGAAUCAUUGCUCAAAGCACAGAGAAUGGAAAUGCCUUCAGAUGAAAAUGAAGUUGUUGUUCUAAGCAAGUUUAUUGAGUUAUAUGGUCGUUUGGCAAUAAGAUGCCACAAUUUGGAGAUGCUGAAUGAAUUGAUGCAAACAGUUUUGAGUGAGAUUGACAAGGUUAAUGACAAAAUGAAAGCAUCUAGGAAUACACAAGAGAAUUGGUUGGAUUUAAAAGAUGUCAUUCAUCAAUUUUUAAUACACUGUCUUAUGAAACAAAAAACACAGAUUAAGAAGUGUACUUUGAAUAAGGAUAAUGCUACACAAACCAAAGAGUGGAAACAAUUUCUUGAUAUUUUAGCUGCUACUAUUGCCAUAUAUAUUGAUGUCAUCAUUGCUAUUGAGGAAAGAAAUGAAGAAAUUAACAAUCAUAUUUCCAAUAUUGUAUAUUUAUUAUUGGGUGACUCUCCAGGGCAUAUCUUGGACAUGGCAAAUCAAAUUUUUGCAUUAGAAAGUUCCACUGUAAAGAUUGUAUUUCCAUUUCUUCGGAAAGUAUUUGAAACAACGAAAGCUUGCAGUAAAGAAUCUCCAAAUUAUAUCAAGUUCAUAUGUUUGGCAAGGAAAGUUCAGCAAUGUUUAUCUGAUGAUGAAAUGGAUUGUUGGUAUUUAAAAAAGAAUGUAUGCUCUUUGUCACCUCCACAAAACUUUCUCUCCUGGUUAUCAGAUAUUGAUCACAGCUUAGUACAAGACUUGGAGUUAUCAGGUUUGGUUGGGCAGGAAAUAACAGAUAAAAUUUUAUUUUGUAAAGACGAAAAAAAAAUUGAUAAACUGCUUGAUUUGACAAGCCAUCCUGAGAAAUGGGAUAAAAUAUAUGAAUCAGAUGAACCUGAACGUAAUGAACAAGGCGAUGUUGUUGAAAACGAUUCAUUAUUUUUUGUGGAUGCUCAAGGCAGUUCGGAAAUUCUACAGCAAUGUGAGGAUCGACAAGAAAUAACAAAUGGUAGAAAUGAGACAAUACUGAAGUCGCAGAUUAAUAAUCUUCUUGAGAAACGUGGUUCAAUCGACUCUGAAGACGAGAUCUAUGAUUUGGACAUCAGCUUUGAAGAUAACGAUGAAGAAACUAUUGAUCUUAAUGAUUCCCCAACUUCUCAAACGACUCGGCCUGAUGAUAAUCCUGAUGGUAAUCCCGAUGAUAAUCUUGAUGAUAAUCAUGACGAUAAUCCCGAUGAUAAUCUUGAUGAUAAUCAUGACGAUAAUCCUGAUGAUAUGAAACUUGACGUGAUCGAGAAUAAAAAGGAUAUUAAUGUAUUUGUGGAGAGGGAAAGUCCGGCGGAAAUCAGGAAGAAAUUAAGAAAACGGAAACCACAAACGUUAGUCACAUCAAAAAGGGAGAUAUCAAAAAAGAAAAAGACGAAGAAACGUUUUUCAAAGACGGUUUAAGACGUUGUAAAGAUUAUUGUAUGAU